AUGAUUCCAAAACUCAUGUUACCGGAAGACUGUGCGCUUCUAGGCCCUGGCCCGGAGAGUGGUCUCAAGAUGAUAUUCGGCGACGAGCUACUCGCCGGGCACAUCGGGCUCGCGCUGUCAUGGGUCCACGAACACUUCAACGAGUUGGCUUUCGCUGCCGAACACGUUCUCUGCGAGUUCUCCAAGUACGCCAAGAUCACAUCGCCUAAGAAGUACCGAUCCCGACCAUUCGACAUCGAGCGGGCAUCUUUGAAGGUCACUCGUAUACUUCCUAAGAAUUGGAAGCCUGUUCGGGCUGCAUGCAUGGGGAAAGAUCGCAAGUACACGAAUCCAGAAGCCAACGAAUACGGGGAAUACGUACCCUCUGCCAUCAUCGGCGAAGCUAAGAUCGAUCGUGCGUUGCACUACAGGGCCCGUUGGGAGGGAUGGGGGCCUAAUGCUGACACUUGGGAACCUACGGCUGAGAUCAAAAAACAAGUGCCAGAUGUUGUUGAGACAUACAGCAAGAAGCUAUCCCUAAUCGAAGAGCUACUGGAGAACUAUCGGGCAGACGAGAGUUAG